CACGUAUCACAGUGGCCUGGACUUCUCCAUUAGGUUUGAGAUUAGUUAUUGUUUAUUACCGUAUUCCAUACUGCUACACGAUAACCGGGCCACGCCCACACCGCCAUGGAGGACCGCCGCCAGAGAAUGCAGGCAUAUCGGCGGGCCCGCCGGAAGUUUGCCUGCGUCGUCUACAUGGUGACCAUAGCCUGGAUGGUCCUGGCCCUGCUGCAGUGGCUGCUGGUCAGCCUGAUAUCGGACAUAACCGUGGUCUUCAAAAACUACUACUGGAUUAGCGUGAUCUUCUUCGCGCUGGCCAUGGUGAUGGUCACGCUGUUCAUAUUCUUCGAGAAGAUCCGCUUCAUCAUUGGCCUCAACUGGCUGAUCGCCGUGCUUAUAGUGGAGUUUGUGAUAAUCGGUACAUUCGCUCUGGUGGCGAGAACUCUUUGGCAAGACUUGUUAAUGUGGUUUUUCAUCUGUGUGCUAUUGGUCUUGCUGUUUGUGCUGCUGGGAUCCAUAAUACCACACGAUCUUACAUUGGACGUAGUGAUACUGUUUGUAAUGGCCUUUAUUUUCCUGAUCGUCACCGUAUUCUUUGUCAUGAUGCACAUUCUGAUCGAGAUGCCGUACUCCUUCGUGGUAUUCCAGAUCUUCAUAAGCAUCAUUGUGCUCUUGUUCGUGAUGUACCAUGCCCAGACGAUCAAUGGUGGACGCUUUGCCGAGAUGCGACUGAACGAUCACCUGCUGGCCUCGCUCAUCCUCUUCCAUGACUUCAUCAUCAUCUUCCUGCUCACAUUCUAUGCACAGAUUGUCUACCGGAUCGCUUCGAAGGCCGCGAAAACCACGGAAUCUCCGUUAGAAGGCAACUGGGUGCAGGCGGAUAAUGGUGAUGUCUACAUGGAAUACAGUGGCGAGGACAGUGGGUCGAGUGCAGUGGGCGGUGGUAACUCCCCAGAAGGUAACUCCCCAGGUGGUAACCCAGAGCUAUCACCCGCCUAGGGGUGCAUCGUGUUCUUCCAGAGACGAAACGAUCAUUUUCCUCCCCUUGGGAUCGAGUGCACCAAAUUUACUGCAGGAUUAUCGACAUGAUUUGGAACUUGAGCGACUUGUAAUCAGUGUCAAUUAAGGACGCCAAUAAACUGUGACUACACAACAAAAAUCCAAAGUGGGCUUAGAGCAGCACAUGCUGCCAGCAAUAAAACAAAUAUUUUGCUUGUGUUUAACUAGAACCUUGAAACUUUAAUCACACUGAAAUCGAUUAAACAUGGAGAUACAUAUGUAAGCCGGUAAGUUGUUGAGUUUUAGUCUUGACCGAUUGCUAGCUUAAAAUAGGAAAUUUAUUGUAAUGGGCAUGCAUAUUUUGUAGAUUAACGUACGGCACAACAUUGAUUGGAAUUACGAUUGAUUGCAUUAUUGAUUGAUUGCACAGCAGUGUUCGAUGAUUUCCCUUCUCCCCAAUCAAAAU